AUGAAAUCCCCCAUCCCGGAUUACCUCAACCGCGUCCUCGAGAAUGCGCGCCCCAACGAGGCCGGGGCGCCAGCGGGCUACAUUGACGUGCUCGCCAAAGCAGACACGUCCAAAAUGGCCGUCGCACUCGCCAUGGUAGACGGGAACCUCUACUCGGCAGGCGACGACCGCGUCGAGUUCUCCAUCCAGUCCAUCUCCAAAGCCUUCGUCUACGCCCUCGCCAUCGAGGACGCAGGCCUCCCUGCCGUACUCGAAAAGAUCGGCGUCGAGCCCUCAGGCGACGCCUUCAACCGCCUCUCCCUAGAGCGCGGGUCCAACAGGCCAAUGAACCCCAUGAUCAACGCCGGCGCCAUCACGGCGCACUCCCUCGUCGUGUCCCCCUCUGCGACGCUGGAACAGCGCACAGAACGCAUCCUCACCGCCCUAUCGCGCCUAGCAGGCCGCCAGCUGCACGUAGACGAAGAGGUCUACGAGGCGGAGCUCAAAGACGCGGACCGCAACAUGGGCAUCGGGUACAUGCUCAAGGCCGCGGGCAUCAUCACCUGCGACCCGCGCGAGGCCGUAAAGGGGUACAUCCGGCAGUGCUCCAUCAGCGUCAACGUCCGCGACCUGGCCGUCAUGGCAGCCACGCUCUCCAACGGCGGCGUGCAACCCCUGACGGGCGAGUCCGUCAUCCCGCAGACCAGCGUGAGGCAGGUGUUGUCGGUGAUGACCACGUGCGGCAUGUACGACGCCGCGGGCGACUGGGUCUCCAACGUCGGGAUCCCCGCGAAAUCGGGCGUCGCGGGCGGGAUCAUCGGCGCGCUCCCGGGGCAAGUCGGCCUCGCUUCGUUCUCGCCGAAACUCGACGAGCGGGGGAAUAGUGUGCGCGGGGUGGCUAUGUGCGAGCAGCUCUCGCGCGAUAUGGGCUUGCAUAUGAUGGACGUGAGCCAGAUUGCCAGCGCGACGGUGAGGACUUCGGUGGCGACGCUCGUUGCGGGCAGCAUACCCACUCGUCAACUUGUCUCUUUCAACCAACCGACCAUUUUAAGACCGGGGCUGCUAUGA